AGAGAGACCGAGAGAGGACAGGUCGCAAAACAAUCGUAUAAAAAUGUUAUGCUCAAAAGCGGGACCAGCCCGCCAUUAAUGCUAUUCUUCAAUUCAUAUCUGUCCUCCUGUUGCUUCCGACUAAUCAAGCACUCCAGAGCUUAGCUCAGACCUGGUCAAUCCACCCUCUCCUUCUUUCUCCACUAAAAUAACCGGUUGAUUCUUUGUUGGGAUAAGAUAAUUAGAAGUGGGUUAUUUAGUUCUUGAUGUUCUGGUUCAUGGGUUAGCGUUUAAUUCUUUUUAUUUCCAAACUAAAGUUGCUUUCUGGAUUGGUGGUGUCUUUCUUUCUCUGAUUGUUUUUAAAAAUUAGACUUUUUGUCUUUUUGGUUGCCAAAAUAAAAAAACUUUUGUUGCAAAAAGGAGUGUUUUUUCUGGUUUUGUUUUCACACAUAGAUCUAUCCCUUUUGUUUCACUGUUCAAAUAUGGUUCCUUUUAAGCUUUUAAAGCUCAAGUCUUUGAUUUGAUUGAUCUGUAGAAGGAAGAGAAGUUUCAAAAGGGUAGCUAGCUUGGGUUCUUGAUUCAAUUUUGAUGGGGAUUUGCUUGAGUGCCCAAAUUAAAGCUGAGAGCUCAUGCAACACAGGUAUAGUUUGCCGAGAAAUUUAAUUCUGUGAAAUUGGGUGAGUUUUAUGUUCCCAUUUUGUCACCGUGGUCUGUUUUGGUUGCUGGCAAAUACCGGGAAUAGAAAAGAAAAGGAAUCUUAAAGCUUUUCCAGGUUUCCUUUAGCACAGGCAAAAUGAUCGGCUCAAUCAUGGCAUUAUCUUAAUUAAUUGCAGGGUUGAGUUCAAAGUAUGUUAGCACAGAUGGGAAUGAUCUGAGCAGUACGGGUAGCAAGGUCUUGUCUGUUUCAGUGCCUCCAACUCCUCGGAGUGAGGGUGAGAUCUUGCAGUCCACCAAUCUGAAGAGCUUUAGUUUUUCUGAUCUCAAAAUGGCCACCAGGAGUUUCCGUCCUGAUAGUGUCUUAGGAGAAGGUGGUUUUGGUUCAGUUUUUAAGGGAUGGAUUGAUGAGCAGUCAUUUUCUGCUGCCAAGCCUGGAACUGGAAUUGUUAUUGCUGUGAAAAGGCUUAACCAAGACGGUUUCCAAGGUCACAAGGAGUGGCUGGCAGAAGUAAAUUAUCUGGGGCAGUUCUAUCAUCCUCACCUUGUGAAGCUGAUUGGCUAUUGCUUAGAGGAUGAACACCGACUAUUGGUAUAUGAAUUUAUGCCUCGAGGCAGUUUGGAAAAUCAUUUAUUUAGAAGAGGUUCUUAUUUCCAACCGCUUUCUUGGAACCUCCGCUUGAAGGUUGCUCUUGGUGCUGCAAAGGGUCUUGCGUUUCUUCAUUGUGCUGAAACACAAGUAAUAUACAGGGACUUCAAGACUUCUAACAUUCUACUUGAUUCGAAAUACAAUGCAAAACUUUCUGAUUUUGGGUUGGCCAAGGAUGGACCGACUGGUGAUAAGAGUCAUGUAUCUACCAGGGUUAUAGGUACCUAUGGUUAUGCUGCUCCAGAAUAUCUAGCUACCGGUCAUCUAACUGCCAAAAGUGAUGUCUAUAGCUUCGGAGUUGUUUUGCUAGAAAUGUUAUCUGGCAGGAGAGCAAUCGACAAAAAUCGCCCAUCUGGAGAGCACAAUCUUGUUGAAUGGGCUAAACCCUAUCUAGCUAACAAACGUAAGAUCUUUCGCAUCCUAGAUAAUCGUCUUGAAGGCCAGUAUUCAAUGGAUGUUGCCUUUAAGGCCUCUACACUUGCGCUGCGUUGCCUAUCCAUAGAAACCAAGUUUCGACCAACUAUGGAUGAGGUUGUGACAGCAAUGGAGCAGCUUCAGGAUUCCAAAGAAACUGGUAGUGCAAAUGGCCAUGCAAGCAAUGCUCCCCGAAUUCGUAGACGAAGUGCAGAUGACACUAUUAGUGGAAGGAAUACUGCUGCAUAUCCUCGGCCCUCCACAUCCCCACUAUAUGCUUGAAAUAGAAUAAUGGAACUUGACUACAGCUGCAUCUUUUCGUACUUGAUACAAUGCUGGCAGUUUUGCAACUCACACGGGACUCUGGCAUCACUUCAAGUAUAUUUGUCCAGUGACUGUACAGUAUAUUGUUUUGGCUAAGGUAUUCAAAGUCCCGCUGACAAAUUUCCAGGUCGGCCUGUAACAGGAGUGCUCUCAAUGUUACUUGUCUUUUUGAUUGUAACGCUUGGAAACAGCUCCCGGGCUGAGAAUCAGAGAUGCAAGAGCUUUGGGACCGACCAUUUAAAGUUAGCCUUAUUGUAUUUGUUGUAUUUAAUGUUAUAUUCUUUUUAACCUUUUCAUAUGGAUCUGUGAAUAACACCUUCAGAUGCAUUAGUCUGUUGCGGUAGGUCCUUUGUUUCUUUUUUCUAGGAAGAGAAGCUGAGCUAUAUGUUUCAUGUUUGGGCUUCAUUUACGGUGUGAUUAUAUGCCAUCACAAAAGCUGUGAAUGCUCCUUCAUAUU